AUGCAGAUCUCCUGGUUCGCCGUCAUGGCGGUUCUGUUCACUGCCGUCGCAGCCAAAUCGACCGCCACUAGUACUACGACUAGCGCUGCGACGUCGGCCAAGGAGAGCUCUUCUUCGGCUUCUACCAAACCGACCAAGAAUGCGGCUGCCGGAAACGCCCUGAACAAUCCUUUUGCAUUCUUUCGAGAGUUACGAGGCGUUGAUGAUAUGGAAUGUUACUUUGAGAAAUAA